AUGCUUGUCUCAAAUAUCAUGUUGGUUACACUCAUGGGUAUUGGCUGCGCACUGGCCAGCCCGCUAGGAACCAGCGACGGUGUGUAUAACACCGGCACUGGCUCUAUCGCUCCUGCUCCGGUUGGUGUGGUGUCCAAAUUCCCUGGCGAUAGGGGUCAAGAUACCACCACGCUCCUCACUUUUACGUAUCCACCCGAGGUGGCCGGGAAGAAAUGCUUCUUUGCGUUCUACCUUGAUUCCACAGCUUCGGUGAGCGGGAGUGGUAAACUUGACCUCUUUUCGAGCCUUAAUCCAGCUCCAGAUAUCACCUCAGGGUGGGGGCCUGGCAAUCAGCGGGAUCAACAUAUUGGGCGUCUCUCGGCCUGCGUGGGGGAUUUUGCGCGUUGGGAUGCUAUAUAUGACAGCUAUCUGACGGAGGAAACCGAUUGUAAGGCGCCCGGUACAGUUGAGGGCUAUGAACUUGUUGGGGUGUAUGACGAUGAUUUCGUUUCGUGGAAUCCAUCAGUGGCAGGGUUGGAAAUUCACUAUUAUAAUUAG